AUGAAAUCAUCCGUGCAGAGUUUCUUUGUUUUGGCUGGUACAGAUAAAGUUUAUGUUAAAGCUACAGAGGUUUUUCAAGGGGGACUUGAUAAUUUAAGUUCAAAUUUCUUUGUUCUAGAUGGUUCGAGUAAGCUUGAAUAUCUUCCUGUUUCUUUGGGAUAUGAGCGUAUCAUUGAUGAGACCUUAGUUCCUUUGCUUUUGCAAUGGCCCUAUUGUUAUCACAAUACUAUUCGGUGCCACAACGGUGUGGCGCCGCCACAGCCCACAGUAGGAGCUGCCUGGCGUGGCGGCUCCUGCAGCAUCAGCAGCGGCGGUCGCUAUAGCACCGGCAGCCAGCAGCCGCGUUGCCGUCGCCGACGGCAACUAUUGCUGCCGAAAAAGAUCAUUUUGAAGUCCUGGAUCUACCACUCUUUGGCUAAUGGAGAGUUGGGUAAUGACGCUUCUAAUAGGAUUGAACAAAAACGUGCUCAUCAGUGGUCUAUGGAUACAUCUGAGCAAGAGCUAUACAGCAACAAGAAGCAAGCAGUAGAAUCUGCUUACGACAAACCUGCUUCAGGAGCUGCAAACAUGAACAUAUCCCUGUUGGGCAACACUUCCAGUUCUCAGUCAGUUCAGAUAGGCAACUGCCUAUUUCGGCCUAAGCCUAUCAGGAUUUCAAAUUUUGCAGAUAAGAAUGUUUCCCUCAUGGGGGUUCUGAAUAUGGCGAAGAAGGGUUCGGAAGAUCAGGUAGAAAUUGAUUCGUCCAUUUGUUUACCAGGGUCUCGUGAUGAGGAAGGUCUCUUGUGUCUAAGCAUUGGAGGCAGAAACCAGAUCGUUUCAGAUAAUCGCGUGUCUGAAUUUCUCCAUCAUUCACGGACGAGUAAUGAUUUGUCACUUGGAACAACUUAUAAUACCGAUGAUCGAAGUGCUAUUUUAGUGAAUUUAACUGCCUUCGGGAAGAUAGAUAAAAACUUCCUUUCACUGGGAGAGGUCUCCAACAAGAGAGAUGACAAUUUCAUGCUACCGUGUUAUCUAGAUGACGGGAUAGAUAAUAUUCUUCCGUCUAUUGGACAACCCUUCGACAAAAAGUUCGGUAACUUUAUUCCAGCUGGGGAGGGGUUUGAAAAGGGAAAUGACAAUCUAAUGCCAAUCGAUCCUAAUUACUCUGGGAGCAAUGAAACUUUCGUUUAUAUGGACAGUUUCUACAAUAAGGCAAAUGACGCUUAUAUGUCAGCAGGUCCUACUUUUGAUAAUGGGAGAAUAGAUAUUGCAUCGAUCACUUCAAUUCAAGGUCAGCAGGAUGCUACUGUUGCAUCACUAGGAGCUGUUUACAACAAAGGAAAUUCCAGUUUCCUAUCAAUGGGCCAAAGCCAUAAUAAGGGGAAUGGCACUACUGUACCUUUUGGAGGCUUUCAUUAUAAUCCAGUAGUAAGCUAUCCCUCUUUCAGGCUCCUAAGCAAGCAGAGUCCUUUACUAAAUCAUUCCUCAGUUCAAUCUUCAGGGGCAUUACAACAGAAAGAUUUUGUGAAGUACGGGUUCCUAAAUAUAAAUUCUGUUUCGGCAUGUGCUUCAGGGACAGGGAGUGGCCCCACGAAUAAGAAGAAGACAACUGAAAAGCUCCCUUCAAACAACUUCCCCUCAAACGUUAAAACUUUGUUGUCAACUGGUAUAUUUGAAGGAGUUCCUGUGAAGUACAUUUCGUGGUCUGGGGAGAAAAAUCUUAAAGGAGCGGUAAAAGGGACUGGUUAUUUGUGUGGUUGCAAGGAGUGCAAGCUUUCCAAAGUUAUUAAUGCUUAUGAGUUUGAGAAACAUGCUGGUUGCAAGACCAAACACCCGAAUAAUCACAUUUACUUUGAGAAUGGGAAGAGCAUUUAUGCUGUUGUCCAAGAACUGAAGAGCACCCCUCCGGACAUGCUAUUUGCGACAAUAGAAAAUGUGUUUGGAUCUCUUGUAAACCAGAAAAAUUUGCAUACUUGGAAAGAUUCGUAUCAAGCUACAAACCUUGAAAUUCAGCGAAUUAAUGGGAAGGAUGAACUGGACAUGCAUCCUAAAUAA